UUGGACCAAAUAACUGAGACGGGUUCUGUGGCACCAUUAAUAUCUGAACAAUUUGCUGGCCCAUCCGUAUCUACGUCCAAUUUUUCUCGAAGAUCUUCUGGUUCUUCUCUGGGUUCUUCUAGUGGCUCAAGUCAAUUAUCUUUUUCCGAUAUUACCUCAACAACCAGAAACCACUUUAAAAUUCUUUUUGAUAAGAUUAUGAUAGAAAAUAAUUAUUCUUUAGACGAUAUGUGUAAUAUGGUGUCUGUUGAGAUUCGUAGUCUUGGGAUGGGAAAGAUUGGACAGGGCAUAAACGCAAAUAUGUAUCGGGAUAUAAACAAAAUUACAUCGAAAAGUGGCAUAUCUUUAGAGGAUGGAAACAUGGGUGUAAGUGCAUCCUCAUUUCCACUUUGGGAUUCUAAAUUUAGGGUUACUAACGCUAACGCUAACGUAAUGGAAACUAUAAAAAGCAAGAUUCGGUUAGAAACAUUUACAUAUGAUAAGUCUGUAGAGCAUAUGGACUAUAAAAAGGUUCUUAUAGAUUCUAUAAAUAAUGACUUUCCUAAAAAAGAACAACUUCUCAAGGCAAAACGUGACUGGGUAAUGAAAGUAAAUGCGAUGUGUCAAGUAAGGUUCGAGAAAGACAUAUCUCAUGAGAAUAAAUAUAAAUCUAUUCUUCAAGAUUGGUGGAAAAUCCCAAAAGAAUUUCAUGAAAUAAUUGCGAGGUUUUCCGACAAUUAUGAUGAUCAUGAUAAUAAUUUGAACGAAAAAGUAAUUAAUAGCGAUGAAGAUAGUUAUAAUUCGAAGGAUAAUGCUGAUGAUAAUAUUGGCGAGGAAAAGGAUUCGAUUGCUUCAAUUGAUGAUAUAGGAGAUACCACAAGCGAGGAAUCUGAAGAUUUUUCUUUAGUAGAAUUUAACAGCUAUGAGAUUAAAAGUAAAAUCUCAAAUCUUGUAACGAUAUAUCCACGCAUGCCAACAAUUGUGAGAAUAAUCUGCGAUAACAUACAAAAUGAAAAAUUAAGUCCACAAGAUCUACUUACCAAUGGCAUUGUUAACCAUACUUUUUUACAAAAGUACCAUAAACGAUUGUUUGAUCUCAUUGUAGAGCAAGACUGUUUGGAGGAAUUAUUAUGGAGUAAAGCUGAACGAAAUCAAUAUAAAACGAAUUUGACGAUUGAGGAAGAAAAUUUUAUAUGCAAUUAUAUUAACCAUGGAUACUGUACCGCACCUAACAGUCGAGAGGACGCCAAAAAAUUUUAUAGUUGCUUAGAAAUGUUUUUGAACCAACUGGAAUGUGCUUGGGAACUACCUUUGUAUAUACAAAAAUCUUCUAAAAUUAACGAAAGUUCAUAUUCGCAUCAAGUGGUUAAGUCUGUUUGUGAUUUAUUAUUGUAUAACAUUAAAGGGGUCAAUAUCGAAUAUAAUGGACCAUCUAAAUCCACCCAAAAUCGGAACGGAGGACAGUCCGGACCAACACGUCUUCCCGACUUAAUGGUAUCUAAGAGUUUUAGAUCACCUAAUUAUAAAUGGGAAUUCAUGUUUUGUGAAAUAAGCAAUGGACCGUAUGCACUUGAUUGGGACCAUUAUUGGGGAGAUGAAUUACGACUUGGAAAAUUUUCGAAAGACUCAUGGAAUAAUGUAUAUCUCUUAACUCAGGGAAUCGAUGCCUCGGAUCAAUUAUUAAAGGAGAUGAUGGAUGAAUUGAACCAUGUGAUGAUACAUUUUUAUGGAACAAAAAUGGAUAUAUAUAUCUUAGAUCGUAAAAUGAAACCGUUUAAUCGAAUGUGCCUGGUAAAGUCAUUAGAGAUACCACUCAUAAACAGCAACGAACGAAGGACAAUACAAAUGGUAAAUAAAUUGUGUAAAGGAAUAUUAAUGGCAAACAAAUUAAUAGCUAAUGUUGUUAGGAGAAUUCAUUCGAUUAAUCAAUUGUUACUCAAAAAAGACAACCCUACCACCCCUCCAAAUCUAGUAGACUGUAAUAACUUACUUCCAACAUUUAUAACACCUGAUGGUCCAAUUUAUUAA